UUCUGAAAAUCGUCUGCGACGUUUUGUUUAACUUUUUACAAAACAAAGACAUGAAACUGUUUCUGGUUGCAUUAUGUUUUACCUUCAUGUUUGUGGCCCAAGUCUACGGACAAUGUGCCAACUACGAUAACAUGGACCUUGUUGUUGCUGUCGACUCUUCGAAGUCAAUGGGAAAACCGAAUUUUGUGGAAGCCAAAAGAUUGGUGGUCCGACUUAUAAACUCAUUUAACACGUCCCCAACUCGAACCCGGGUCUCCAUGUACAAGUUCUCCACAUUUAUUGACAGAAGAAGAGAACUUUACUUAAACGAAAAGAUGGGCAAUAAAAGACUACAGAGGAAAGAAGUGUGGGGAAUGCCUUAUAAUGGAUACGGAUCCUACGUCGGUAGAGCACUUAGCCACGCGUUUAGAGUCAGCUUCACAGAACGCCUUGGUGACAGACCAGGAUCUAGAAAUGUACUCCUAGUUAUUACUGAUGGGAGAAGCUAUGAUGGUGUUAAAGUUAUUUCGAAACGACUGAGAAAUUUGAAGGACGUUAUGAUUUACGCCAUUGGUGUUGUACCAGUCAACGAGCGUGGAAUUCUCCAAAGAACCCUUACUGACAUGACAAAUGAUAUGGAUCGGGUUUUUUUAGCACCACCUGGAGACUGGGCAGGCCCGAUGUUUGAACGAUUGGUGGCUCAGUUUAUAAGCGAUUUCUGCAACUAAUUUUGUCGACAGGCUAAACUAUUCAUGGAAGAGAUGAAACUAUCACCUCAGUUUUAAUUUCUAUUUCUUCGUGUACAUUUGAUAUCAUUUAAAUUACAACCGUCAUUACAAUAUAACUUGUAGCGCCCACCUAAUUUCUAUUUAUUCACCAUGCAAAGUAAAAAUAUGAAUAAACCAUCUUUCAAACAUUAAUUUGGUACAGUAUAAAGCCGCAAUAUUGUAAUUUUACUGGACAAUGAUAACACAGAUAUCUUGGGAACGAAACCGUUACUUUAAUUUUUUCGGAUUUUUAUGUUUUUGAAUCCGCUUGUUUAGCAGAGCACGAAAUUCACAGGGGAUUUUUUGCCUCAGCGGUUUGUUUUGAAAGAUAAUUUUUAAAUUUUACUAAAAACGCUAAGAUUCUUAAUUGUAAAAAAUGUAAUCGUUUACACGUUUUUUUAACAAAACAUUACCAAGUAUAUAUGCGGAAACUGCUUGUAGCCAGCGCACUAUAUAAUAUACCCAGUAAAUAAAAAGCUUACAUUAUACAAUUCAUUUAGCGAGAAAAGUUUGCUUUAGGGUCAAACAUGUCUCCAAUCCGUCAUUCAAAGAGAAUACCCCUCGUUAAUUUAGACGUGAUUGGAAUCCGACCUGAGCCAGUUGUUCCUGAUGGAGUUUGGAUUGAAAUACAACCCUGUGCUGCUGGGAAUGAAGCUGAGCACAAUGCUUAUUUUGAAGAAGAAAGAAUAAACGCAACAAACUUGGCCUUAGCUGAGCGAUUAAUAAAGUUUCAGCGUAUUACACAGAAGCGUGUUGUACGUGCUGCUAACUUGCAAAGGAGAAAUAUAGAUCAAGCACAGUCAGAGAAGAUGGAAGAGGAACGCGAGGUCCUCCACAGAAGCGCCUCUGCUGCAGAAAGAUCAACUCCGAAGAAAAAUCGAUGUUCGUACAAUGUUAACCCGAUAACAAUAGAUGGAAGUGGAAAAAUAACCUCAAGUGCUCAACUCAGUGCUUCUAAUACAAAGGUUGGAGCGGAACUUGAUUUGAAGUCAGAUGAAACUUCCAACCAAAGAAGAAUUGCUCGACAAAAACUUGCUGAAAAACUAAUUGUCCCUAACACUAGAGGAAGCAAAGAGUUGCAGGAUAGGGAAACCCCCCUGCCUGGUGGAGUUUGGGGUGUCGGAGCAUCAAGAGACAAAUCUUCAACACGAAUUCACGAUUCCCAUGUUUCUAUUAGUGAGCAAAAUACUGACAUACCAAAUGGUAAUUCAGCGUUAAAUGAAACUGUACAAACGAUACCUGCUGUCUUAGCACCACACGAUGUCGCACUUGCGUCACUACAAGAAUCAAUUACAGAUCCCACAAGAAAACCUGUUCGAACAGAUCUGUUGCAAACUCUGCUUUCAACAAACUGUACGAUUGAUGAAACAAACCAACCACUAGAUAGGGAGCAAGAGCAAAUAGAGAACCUACCUGGUCACGCAUCAUCGCACACACCACACACAGUGCAUUUCAAACUAAACAAAGAACAAUGGAAAAGUGAAAAUAUUACCCCCGUGGAAGAAGUGACAACUGGGGUUGUGGUUACCAGGGCAACAAGAUCAACUGGGGAUUUCCCUCACCCCACAGAGUACCCCGUUCCACGCAGGGAGCUGGCAUCGAUCGAAAACAAAGGUGUGACGUCAUGUGUUAUGCAACCUUUCACAGAAGCACCUCCGAUACUCCGACCAGGAGUUGUAGAAAUUAAUGCAAAGAAAGCUUCAGAGCGUGCUCGAUGGAUGUCACGUCGUGUGUUCGCUGAUGCAGAACGUGAGAGAGCUCGAGAGAUGCUACGCAUGAAAGAACAUAAACAACGAGUGAAUAUCUUGAAAUCGGAGAAAGAACGACAGCGUAAAGAACUUGAAGAAAAGUCUCGUCAUCAAGUAGAGGCUGUUGCCGUGGUAACUGAACAAUUGAAGAGAGAUGAGAUAAAGAAAGAGAGUAAGAUGAGGAAGAGGAAAGAGAAGGAGGAAAAGAAGCAACAGAAACAACAAAGAUUUUCUGCUGCAAUUCGUAACCAGCUUAAAGAAAGAGUUGAACAAAACAAAAUCGAGCUUCCACCACUUUGCAUGUGUGGCUUAACAUUCUGGGAUACCAACCCGAACACUUGCGCCAACAAUUGCAUGUUUUAUAAGAAUGAUGGAGCGUAUGCAAAGGCGCUGCAAGCGGUGUUAGAAGCUGUGGAAAGAAACAUCGGCCCCUUCCAUAAAGAUGCUCUUCAACGGUGCGCUGUCUCACUCCCUCUUGUGACAGAUGAUUUCGAAGAUGCACCACCACUUGAGUCUGCUCGCACGACCGUAUCUAUUCGGUCGCAAUUAUCGAAUGCUUUUACUUUUGAAAAACUAUGAAAAAUAUAUAGAUAUUGCAUACUCAAAUGUUAAUGUAAUCCAAUAGCGUGUUUUAUAAUGGUGCGAAAAAUUCACUCAGAAAACAAAAGCCCACCAAACAAAAGCACAAUUUGGCGGAUGCAUUAAACCGGAGUCCAGUCAAGACGCGUAAAAACAGAUCGUUUAAUAAAUAAUCACAAAAUGCUAGGA